UUGGACGAGGGCCGAAGUGCGGGUCGCUAAGGCGGAAACUAAAGAUUCAGAAAGUUGGAAUGUAACUGGGGACAAAUAAUACAGACUAAACAUGCUACCUUUUAUAUUAGUGAUUCUAGCGUCAUUAGAAUCAGUGGAAUGUCGAGGAAAGAUGAUGGAGCCAGUCCAGCGCUCAAGUUUGUGGCGGAAAGGAUACAAUACACCUCAAAACAUGGAGGACAGUGGCCUGAACUGCGGCGGGUACUGGUACCAGUGGCAGAGCAAUAAAGGUCGUUGUGGAGUAUGUGGUGAUCCAGCUGAUGUUGAUCCUAAACCGAACGAGGACAUACACCAAUACGCCAAGGGGAUUAUAGUACAGAGAUAUUUAACAAGUGACAAAUUCAUUGACGUCACUAUUGAAGUUAAGAAAAACAUGUUAGGAUAUUUUGAGUUUCGUCUUUGCCCGGAUGUAAGUGAAACAAGACCAGUAACUCAAAAAUGUCUUGAUCAACAUCCACUGGAUAUAAGUGGUCACGGGAAACGAUACAGACCGGAUAGAGAGGGAAAUAUAUUUCUAAAACUGAACAUUCCUAAGGAAGUAACUUGUGAACAUUGCGUUCUGCAGUGGAAAUGGCAUACUGCAAUGAACUGGGGAAUAUGUAAAGACAAAAGUAGCGGGCUCGGAUGUGGAGAUCAGGAGGAGUUAUAUAACUGUGCCGACAUUAGUAUCACUUCCGGUUCGUCACGUGCAGGAAUAGAUGCCCAGAUUGACUCAUUAAAGUAUACACUUCCUAGUCAGUUAUCUGAAAUCGAUACUAAUGUUGAAACGAGCAUAAACAGACAGCCCAGCGUGAAUACGAAUACGGAGGUUCAGAUGAAAAUCGAAAACUUUAAAAUUAAUCCUGACACAACCUUGAAAACAGAAACAAAACCAACAAUUAUCAAUCAGCAGAUUGCCACAACGACGGGUGAACCCGCACCUUUAGUUACAAAUAAACUUAUCAAUCAGCAGAUUGCUACAACGACGGGUGAACCCGCACCUUUAGUUACAAAUAAACUUAUCAAUCAGCAGAUUACCCCAACGACGGGUGAACCCGCACCAUUAGUUACAAAUAAACUUAUCAAUCAGCAGAUUACCACAACGACGGAUGAACCAGCACCUUUAGUUACAAAUAAACCAAGUUCAGCUGCAUUUGAAAGUAGUCCUUCUCUUGAACUUUCUCCAGAUCCCAAACCGGCCGUUGUUUUUACCGGAACCUACUCGACCAUUGGGGAUAUGAACAGCACGUCAACGGAGGGGAAACACGUGAAUUUGCCAGACAGUACGUUAGUAGGUAGUACAGGAUCAUAUAGUAAUACAGUACCUUCUGACAAACCAACACCUGUAAAAUACGUGACUGUCACAGAACCGGCGAUUGUAGAGUCAACAUCCGCUGGGAGUGUCAGUCCAAUUUUCGAAUUCAAUGACAAAAUACCUGCCGAUAAAAUGGCGAACAGGAUGGCGAACUCUCAAGUUCAGGUGCAAAAGGAUAUGGACCCUUCCUUUACCGCGCCUCCAGUCAACAUCCAGGCAGAUCCCGCUGCCAAGACGACUGGAUCCGCUGACAUAAUUCAACUUCCGUUUGUUGGUGACACAACACGUCCUGCUGAGAAAAACAAUCAAUCAGAGAGUGGUAUGAAUGGGGCUAACAUGAAACAAAAAACUGCGCAGGGUCGUACAGUGAGAAGUGUAAUACAAAGAACAACGUCCAGUAGUAGACCGUCAGAUGGCUGGACACCGUUAAUGGACAGUGAUAUGGGAUCUGGUCCCGCUGGUAUCCAUAGUAACAAUCGACCGGCGGGACCUAACAGACAGAAGCAGGCACCCGGAGGUAACAUUAUUCCAGGGGACCAGGCUUUUAGCGUAGGCAUGCCGUCUAGUUUCAAUAAAAAUUCUGGACGGGUUGGCAGUACCUCGCUCUGGCAAGGAGCCAUGUCUAAUAAUCAAGGGGAAGUUGGAGGUGUAUCGCUUUCGUCUACUUCACGUCUUGCGAUGGUAAAAAAAUCUAAAGUUAAUCCAGUUGCAAACAAAAUGGUGAACUCUAACUCGAAUAACCAAUAUGACCGCAGCAAGGCUUCUGGAUUUACUGUUAAUGCUCCAAAUACCAAACAGUCUACACCUUCACAAAAGCUUGGAGAGGCAUUGGGCAAAGAUGGACGAGCUACUUUUAUGCCAAAUAUGAAUAAUAACGAUGCUAGAAGGAUUUCGGAACAACAAAAUAUUAACUCGGUACAAGCAAAUACUAACAACAACAACAACAACAACAACAACAAUAGUAACGUUGGCGGUUUAAGCCAAGGAAGAAACUCAAUGUCACCAUUUAGCAAUUUCGAUGGUCAAUCUGUACCUUUACGUAAUUCUGGUUCCACCCUGGGAUCGCAGUACCGAGGCAAUAGUUUAUCAAGCUUUUCGACACCAAAUAUGGGAUCAGAUGGAUCCAUCCUUCUACAAACUAUUCCAUCAGAUACUGUUAUCGACGCCGUCGCUGGAAACACGUUAUCUGCACAGGGAACAUUGGCAUCUGCAAGAUACCUUGAACAGGCCCGUCAGUCCGAACGGUAUACUCCUCCCCCGCCAAGUACACCUCGGCCGGGUCCUGUGGCUACUAAGCUUCUGACACGCCACCCUGGUCUUAAUGAAAUGAAUCAUUUUGGCUCGAUGCUGGCGUCAGCUGUAAUAGUCGAUCCUAUACCGGAUACAACUACCACAACAACUCAGCCGACAACCACAACUACGCCAACCACAACAACGCCAACCACAACUACGCCAACCACCACCACGAUAACUCCCGCCCCAACAACUACCACUACCGAGGCUACUACUACAACUACAACCGAACCUACAACUACCACAGAACCUACAACCACAACAACUGCCGAACCGACUACCACGCAACCGACCAGUACAGUAGAACCAAAUCUUAGUUUACGUCUGGGAAUGGGACUUCCGGCAGGUUUCGUGGUAAACAACCCAACAGAAACAACAACGACGACACAAACACCAACAACUACUUCACAGAUACCUAUGGAGUCAUCCAGUGUAACAGCUGCAGCAAAUACAGAUGCUGAUCUGUCAGGAAUACUGAGAGAAAUAAUGGCGAUGGCAAACCGUGUGUCGGCACUGGCUAAGAGCACACAGCAGACUGGAGCUGAUGUUCUUGCACAGAACAUAAAAGCGAUGGCUGAAACAGCAGCUAAUACCAAUAUGCAGAUGAAACCGGAAAUGCCAAUACCUACAACGAUGAAACAAGACACCACACAACUUGCAGAGGAGGUCACUACUCAGCAACAAGCCAUUACAAUACGUAAGGUUGUCGGCACAACAAUAAAAGCACAAACAAAAGCUGAUGCACUCAUUACAAACCGCGUGAGCGAUAUUUUGCCUGAAGCACAAAAGUCCACAGCGGCUACUUCUAUUGUGACGGAACCAUCAGUCACCGAACCUGCUGUCAUAGUAACGGAACCUUCAACUAUUGUCACCGAGCCAACAACUGUUGUUACGGAACCUCCUGUUGUUGACACUGAGCCUGCUGUCGUAGUUACGGAACCGACAACUGUUGUUACGGAACCUCCUGUUGUUGACACUGAGCCUGCUGUUGUAAUAACGGAACCUUCAACUGUUAUUACCAAUCUUUCAGUUGUAGCUGAACAGGCAACCUCCAGACCUCUUGUCCCUAUGACAACUCCGUAUAUGCCAAUCAAUCCAUUCACAACCGGAGCAGACCCGUUCUUUAUCCCACAAACAACAGUUAACCCAUGGAAUACGUUCGGACAGAACGCUCAAAAUCAACAAUAUGCCAUCGACGGUUUUGGUGCUGGUACCGAUGUCUCUGGUACCAAUCCACAGGUCGUAGAAAUGAAUCCACAUUUAGGAGGCACUGCUGGUCUUGAUGCAGGCUAUGUUAAUCCUGAUUUAGUAUCUGCUGAUUCCGUUUCCGGUGCAUCAGGGCAGCCUGCAGGUAUGACUGGCAUGAACAAUCCAGCGUCUAUGAUAAAUGCACUGACAUCAAUGCAGGCGGGUGGAGGAGGUAAUACCAAUAUCCUCUUAGCAAAUAUGUUUAGAAUUCUGUCUGAUCUUAUGACUCAAACGAGUGCACAAGCAGUAAACAUGGGCGGGUCUAUGCAACCCGCAAUACCAAACGUAGAAUCUACUGUCACUAGAUCAUCCCAGUCGGGCGAUCAGAUCCCGACGGAUUCACAGACGAUCGUUGUAGAUCCAAGUACGGUUAGUGUGGAUAUGUCUCAGUACUUCACCGGUUCGGGCGAUCAAGGCACCCAGCCUUCUGACGCUACAGGCGGCUUUACUCUAACGACACAAGCAGUACCAGUAACAACCACAACAAUUUCAUCUACAACAACAACAACUCCAACGACAACUACAACAACUCAAAUGCCAACCUACGACGACAACUCAAAAGACAACUACGACAACUCCAACGACAACUACAACGACACCAACGACAACUACAACGACACCAACGACAACUACAACAACUCCAACGACAACUACAACGACACCAACGACAACUACGACAAUUCCAACGACAACAACAACAACUCCAACAACUACUACGACUCCUACCACUACGACCACCACUACUCCUGUACCAACCACGCAAACCACUACGCCAAUUCCCGUCACCGACGCUUUCUUAAUCGGACUUAG